ACUGUGUAUAAAGAUCAUGGAUGACCUUCGCCCGUUCUGCUAACCAUCCAGAGAACUAAACAACAGCAAUAGCAACAGCACAAGCAACAGCAACGAAUCAACGGCAGUAACAUCCAACACACCUCCAAGAAACACCACACAUCUCUCACCAAUCCCGCAAUGUCUUCCCCAACCGUCGCUUUCUUCGGCGCCACCGGCGGCGUCACCAACGCCAUCCUCGUGCACACCCUCAAGGCAGGCUACAAGGCGACCGCGCUCGUGCGCACGCCUCAAAAGCUGCGGGACCAGCUCAGCGCCCAGGGCCUCUCCCAGGAGACCAUCGCCAACCUGACCAUCGUGGAGGGCAACGCGCUCGACGUGGCGGCCGUGCGGCGCACACUCAGCACCGGGACGGGCGGCCUGCCCGCGGUCGUGGUCACGGGGCUGGGCGGCCGCCCGAGGCUGCAGUUCGAAUGGCGGCACCCGUUCCAGAUCGCGCAGCUCGACAACCCUUCGAUCUGCGAGACGGCGGCGCAGACGCUGCUGGCCGCGAUGCGCGAGAUCCACGCCGAGAACCGCCCCGCGCCCAACGCCGCUUCUCCUGACGAGACGAAACCGGUGCUGGCCUUCGUCUCGACGACGGGCGUCACGCGCGGGCCCGAGGACGUGCCCUUCUUCAUCCGCUUCCUGUACCACCAGAUCCUCACCGUCCCGCACGUCGACAAGCGCAGGAUGGAGGACCUGUACCGCGCCGACGCCGCGUCCGCGGCCCCGGCCUUCCGCGCCGUCGUCGGCGUCAGGCCCACCCUGCUCUCCGGCGGCGCGGACUACCGAGACGCCGCGGGCCUGGACAAGAUUCGGAGCGGCACCGAGGCCAAGCCCGCCGUCGGGUACGUCAUCAAGAGGGCCGACGUGGGCGCUUGGGUGUAUGAGAAUGUGGUCGGCGAGGUCUUGAAGGGCGGGAAGAGUCAGUGGGAAGGCGAGAUGGUUAGCUUGACUAGUUGA